GAGGGGUUUCCGCUUCCGGUUGGGUGGAGAGGCCGGACGGAGGUCAGGCCGGACCGGCCUCAGGUAGAAAAUGGGACACGGUCAUGACCACGGCCCCGAGAAGCUGGAGCUUCCCGAUUACAGACAGUGGAAAAUAGAAGGAACACCGUUACAGGACAUCCAAGACAAGCUGGCUAAGAAAGGCCUCAGGGACCCAUGGGGCCGGAAUGAAGCUUGGAGAUACUCGGGUCAGUACGCAAAAAGCCCCACUUUCAUAGGCGCCAUAGCCAGAGGAUUCAAAUGGGGGUUCGCCGCCUUCGUGGUAGCUGCGGGAGUUGAAUAUUUCCUGGCCGCCGGCCAGGAAACCAAGGGACACCACUGACUGGAGAACGUCACCGGUCCACUCUCGACUGGACUCUGGUUGCUUGUCAUUGUUCACCUUUAAAGAUCGCUAGUAAAGUUUACCCGAUAGUG